GAGCCUUCUACUCGAAAGAAUCAGCCUAUGAUCUUCUUCCUGGAAAGCUACAGUUAUCCUCCACUCGACAGAGCCUGAAAGUCAUGAGUCAAAAGAGUGGUGGAGAGGCCGGGCCUCCCCCUUCAGCAGCUGUAGCUUCAGGUAGGAUCCUGCUCCUUAUGCAGUAUCUUUACUUCUACUCUGCGAGCAGGACUGAUCAUGUUCCAUCCCUGACAGUAAAAGCAACAGUGCUCUGGGGAUGCAUGUCAGGUCCAAUAAAUUAUCUAAUGUAACUGUUAAUUAUAUCAGUUAUAAGUUAGGGUUUUGAUUUGUCCUAAUUCUAUUUUUUUUCCCUAUUCUCCUAUUUAAUUUUCUUUAAGUCUUAUUUACAAUAAAAGCACAUUCUGUCAUCAGAUACGUUGUCUUAUCAUGAUUACAAUUUCCAAAUUUCUCUAAAAAAAAUCCUGCACUCCCCAAAGUCAUAAGGCCUUGUGGUCAAAAAUGCACCUAUACGAUCAUUUCUGGGGGGCUUUCACACCUUAGUGCAGAAAAGAUGCUUGGGUAAGCAAAAAUAGGAAAUGUCAGAUACAUUUUGAAGAGGUUUGAGCACAUUCUUUAGUGAAUUUAAACACUGAUGUGAGGCAGAAGGAGCUAUUUAAAACGUUUUUUUUAAGCAGCUUUGGAGGAAAAUAACAGGAUUGCAUUAGCAACACAUUCUGCAGGAGAUUCAAGAGGUGUACGGUGUUAAAUCAUCCAUCUUUGUUGGUGCCAUCUUAACAGUUUUACCAUUUGGUAUACAUAAACUGCAGAUUAUCACCUUGUUUUUAAAGUAGAGAUAUGUUACUUUUUUGGUAAGGCUAUCUUUUUGGUAUUGGCGAGAGAAGCAGGUCAUUAUCAUUUAUCGAAGUCAGCAAACUGUGUACCAGAUCUGUACCUGUGGUUAAACAAACAACUAAAUUAGUCAGGGAAGCCUGUCAGAUAAGCAGCCUGCAGCUCUGUGAGACUCCUACAUCAAUCUCUUCAAAUAAAAAAAAAUAGCAAGCAAGUUAUGUCAUUGGAGUUAGGUAAACCAAAAAAUGGCUGCUAACUGUAGCUGCUGAUGGACUGUGAAAAAUGUGGUCGAGGGAGUGGUUGUUGUUAACACAGGCAGUAUUGAUGAGACGUUUCUGUCUCUUGCAGAAACAAAGUUUGUAAAUGUAGUUUUAUGUAAUAGAUUAUAUAAGAGUCCUCUGUGUUUUACUAAAGUAAUUUUGUCAGACAGAAUAUCAAAUAGGUUUAUGGUUUUAAGGGUUCAGAUUACCCAAUAAUGGCGAAAGUGCCCAACAAAGCCUAUUAUGUCACAGUGUUGCAUACUCAGCACAAAAUCCUUUACUGUUUUAGAAGGGAUUUUUUUUUUUAUUAUUGUUAAGAGAGUAAGGAGGCUUGGAGUGGCUCAAAUCUCAUUGUUUGACCGCUCUACACCUCCAGCAGUGUUGCAUAAGCUUGCUAACUUAUAAACACUUCAGCAACUUUCUGAUUUUUUGUUUUAGGGGAAAUAAAUACAACCAUGAUUAUUGUGCUUGAUGUAUGGUCAGAUGGGAAAAAUUCAAUUUUGGUUUGAAAAUUUAGAUGUACCACUAUUUGACUGCAAUUAAUGAAAUCAUCUCUUUCAGCAGUAUAUGAAAAUAGUUACACAUUUCACUGAAAUAAGCAGUGACUUUGCCCUGUCUUAUAAACACAUUACAAAACAUGUGAAUGUGUUUUUCUUAUAGGAAAGGGUACCAAGAUAAAAUCUCCUAAAUAAUUAAAAGAAAAUAUGAACUGUUAAGAUCAGUGAUAGUCAAGUGGAUGUCAUUCACGUUUUCAAAGCUAAAGAAAGAAAGACAAUUUUAAAAUACAUAUAACAGCAACUAAUGGAGGCAUCUUUGACUUUAGGACUGUGCUUGCUGAUUUGCUCUGCUCCUUAUUUAAGUGUCACAGCUUUAAAUUGAAUUUCAGUUAAUCCAGAAGUUUGUUCCCUCUGAACUACAAUGCUUCAGUACAGCCACUCACAGGUGAAGUAUGUUACACUUUACAUGGAACUGUAAGCUUUAUGAAGACUACCAAGUAUGUAACCUGGCUCAUAAUUCUUUGUAGUUUCAGGGAGAUGCUUUAUUACAGACACAAUAACUUCCUUUUUAAAUGCAAUGUUUCGCAGAAAAAGAGCCACCUCAGACUUGUUUUUGUUUUAUUUGCAGCAACAAUUAUAUUACUGAAUUAAAGUCUUUGAUGACAUUUCUGUGGGGAUGAAAUAAAAGAGGGGAAACACCCAUCACUUAACAUUUUUAAUGGUCACAUAGAAUUUGUUAACAGAUUUUAGGUUUUAUCCCUUUUUUUUCUCUUCAUGUUUAUAAAAAAAGAAAGAAUUACCUCCAUAUUUUUUUGUGCCUCUCUUUCUUUUGGACUGUGUGUUUUCAAACCAAUGAGUCAAUGAACGAUCCAGAAGUCAACAUCAGUCUAACUACUUUUGACGAUCUGCAGCUUAACCAGACUUUUCCCCACUUUUCAUCUAGUUCUUUUAACUAUGUGAAUGUUUUGAAGUUACAGCGUAUGUCAGCAUGCCGGAGCAACAUUUUCUGAGAAACAAAAUACCCUGUGUUUUUCCUAUUGAUUAUUCAAAUCUGACAUUUUUUAACUGUUCAGCUCUUAUUGCUCAUUCGCUGUCUAUUUUUAUAUUCCAGGAAGUUCCCUCUGAAGCAGGGAGUGUCUGCAUAUAAAAUGGUCUGCAGUUCUCUGCUUCAUAGAUGCCAUGUCCUCUUCUAUGACCAUGGAGGGUCCCCGCAGUGCUUUUCCCACCUCUUCCAGCUCCAUCAUUCAUUCCAGUACAUCAGCCAGUGACCAGAACCUGGCACACUGCGGCAAUGUCGACCCAGACGACAUCAGGAGUAGCAGAGCUGGGCUGGAGGUUGUCGGAGCAGAAAGUGGGAAUGGUAACGGCAGCAGCGGAGGUAACUGCAAGGGAAGCAGCGAGAUUACUCCAUCUAAGCGCCGCACUGUACUGAACAUCUCUCCACCUCCACAAGACCUGUUUGAUGACAGCCAGAUGUCCUGCCAGGGUGAAGCGUCCUUAGACUCCGAGCAGAGUAACAGCAUCUGGAUGGAUGACUCUCUCUCCAACUUCAGCAUCAUGAGCACCGUCUCUUACAACGACAAUACAGAGGUGCCCCGAAAGUCUCGCAAGCGUACACCUCGCCAGAGGCCUGGUCCUAAGUCUGUGCCUACAGGGGAAGGCAGCAUGGACAUGUUUGAUGCAGACAGUGCUAAAGCGCCACACUUUGUCCUCUCACAGCUGGGACCUGACACCAAGACUGGACAAAAAGGAAGCUCUGAUGAUCCUCAGACAACCAAACAGAAAGGAGGAACUCUUUUGAUUCAGCACCCACAGAAGUGUGAGGGGAAGGAGCUGAAGAUCCUUGUCCAGCCUGAGACUCAACACCGAGCCCGCUAUCUGACAGAAGGCAGCCGAGGAUCUGUGAAGGACCGCACACAGCAGAGCUUCCCAACCGUGAAGCUGGAGGGAGUGAAUGAGCCGGUGGUUUUGCAGGUGUUUGUUGGAAACGAUGCUGGCCGUGUGAAACCUCAUGGAUUUUACCAGGCCUGCAGGGUCACUGGCAGAAACACUACGGCCUGCAAAGAGGUGGAUAUUGAUGGCACAACUGUCAUCGAGGUGUCACUUGAUCCAAGCACUAUGAUGACACUGGCGGUGGACUGUGUUGGGAUCUUGAAGCUACGUAACGCCGACGUCGAGGCUCGCAUCGGUGUAGCCGGGUCAAAGAAGAAGAGCACACGCGCUCGGCUGGUAUUUCGGGUCAACAUCCCCCGUCCAGAUGGUUCAGUGCUCACACUUCAGACUCCCUCAUCUCCAAUCCUGUGCACUCAGCCUGCAGGGGUGCCAGAAAUCCUGAAGAAGUCCCUCCACUGUUGUUCAGUGAGGGGUGGAGAGGAGGUUUUUAUCAUUGGCAAAAACUUUCUGAAAGAUACCAAAGUAAUAUUUCAGGAGAAUGUUUCAGAUGAGACUUCGUGGAAAGCAGAGGCUGAAAUUGACAUGGAGCUUUUUCACCAGAAUCACUUGAUAGUGAAGGUUCCUCCUUACCAGAGCCAAUCCAUCACCUCCUCAGUGUGUGUGGGGAUCUAUGUGGUGACAAAUGCUGGGAGAUCCCAUGAUGUUCAACCUUUCACCUACACACCUGAUACAGCUAAAAAUGAUAUUCCUGUGAAGAAAGAGGCUCCCUCCCCUGUGAAGACUUGCCCGUUUGAUGAACAAAUUAAAGUUCUAGAUGGUGCCUUGAUGCCUUCAUUGUUGCCGUUAGUGAAGAGGGAGGAUGUCACUCCGAUGGAGAUCAGCAACCUCCAGUCAUCAGGUGUAUUUAAGCAGACUAAAGAUUUGUGUACAGCCCAGCAGAACCCCGACGGUACUGCAGGCCAUCUAAAUAAAAGCAGACCAUUCUCCAACAGCCUAUCUCAACCUGCAAGUGACUCUGAAAAAGGCCAGGCUACUGUUUUUACCAACACAGAGCCCUUAAGCACAAUCCAGAAACAGGACAUUGCAGCAACCAGUUCUUUUUCAGUCCCUGCUGACUCCUUGCUGCAGCAGAGCUCACAGCAGUUCCUCCUAGAGAGAGAGGGCCUCAGGCAGGAGAGGCCUGGCAGUGGCUCUGGAGUUGUGGGGAGGCUGUGUGGUGAACCAGCCCCUCAGCAGCAGCAGCAGCAGCAGCAGAUACCCCUGUUCCCCCCAGAUGAAGUGGCCCAGCUGGAGGAGGCUGUGCGGCAACUUAAAGCCAAAGGGUUCUGCAAUUUACCACUCCAAUCUGACGACUCCUUGGCCAAACAGCAGCAACAGCACAUCCAGCACCAACAACAGAUCCAAAAACAGCAAAUUCAGCAACAACAGCUUCAUCAGCAGCACCAACAGCAACAGCAACAGCAACAGCAGCAGGUUUUGGAGAAUAUACAGCAGCAGCUGUUUCAGUCACAGAUUCAGAUGCAGUGUGGCAUGUUUCAGGAUGCUUCUCAAGGCAAGAACUCAGAGCAGCAGGGCUCAUCACAAGUAGUGGUGCCGAACCAGGGGACACUUUUCCAACAGGCCCAACAGCAGCAGCAGCAGCAGCAAGCAGCUCUCUUUCAGCAGGCGAGUGACCUGCUCGCAAUUCAGAACAACUUCCUUCAGCAGACGCCCUCACACCCUUCACCACCCAUGUUCCACAAUCCCACUUCACUGGCUGAAACACAAGAUCAACAGGGGGGGUUGUUUCAAAAAGCCUCCCAGGGGCAAGUCCAGGCCACUCUCUUCCAAAACACCAUGACAGUCCUGCAGUCUCCAGACCAGCAGCCCUCAACUCCUGGACUUUUCCUCACACAGAGCAGCAGUGCUCAGCAACAGCAGCAACAACAGCAACAGCAGCAGCAGCAGCAGCAGCAGCUGGCCUUCCUCACUGCCCUACAAACUCCUGCUCCUGAGCCACAGUCAGUAUAUCAGGCUCAGACUCAGCUCUCCCCCAUCCAGCAGAGAGGCCCUAUGGAACAGCAACAGCCUUCCCAGGCUCAGCCCCACACACAGCCAGCCCAGCAGGCCUCCCUGUUUCAGAACAUCUCCCAACAUCCUGCAAACACUCUCAGCUCAGGCCAGCAGCAGCAACAGCAAGCUGGAUUACUCUUCUGCAACAACCGUCUGUCCUCUCCAGAUCAGACUUCCAGCCUCAUGUUCAGCAGCCAGGGCCAGAUGCCACCACUGACCAGCAGCAGUCUGGUUUCACAAGAGACCCAGAACCCUCCUCUGCUCUUUUCCCAAGCCAGCAUGGUGACUGUCAACCAGCAGGAUCGUUCUGAGCCAAUGGCCUUAGGCAACCCCACAGAUCCUCGACAGCAAGUCAUGUUUCAGGAGCAGCAGCCGAUGCAGUUGGGCAGCAGCUCAAAUAGCCGGCAGGAGCAGCCAGUGGGCCUUUUUAUGCCCCAGUCAAACAUAGCCUCUCUGCAAGGGGGGCUGGCUGCUCAGGAGCUUGCACAGUCAGCUAUGUUUGCCUCACAGAAUGGCGUGGCAAACCUCCAGACAACAACCUCCUCCCCUGUGCAACAGCCAGGGACUCUGUUUCAGACGGCUGUCAGCGGAAACAUCAAUCAGCCCAGCCAGCCUCCACAACCAGGACUCUUCCUUUAUGGGAUUCAGAAUGAGUGCGGCCAGCUGAUGAACACUCCUGGAAACACCCUGUCAGAUCAGAUCAUAGCUAUCAGCCAGUCAGGUCAGAACCAAAGAGAGAGUGAAGCUCACAUCCAGUCUCUGCUCAGCCAGUCCCUGUCUCAGUCUGGGUCUGUACAGAACAGCAUGACUGCUUCACAGAACAUGGAGAAGAUUGACGACCUGCUGGUCAGCCUGCAGGAGUCCGGCAGCAACUUAACGCGCUCAUACUAACCUUAAUGCAGGUUCAAAGAUAUGUCUCGUAUUGCUCUAUCAAUCCUUUCUGGUGUCAUUGUUAAAUGUAGACAGAAUAGUCCAAAUACUGUCUGUUCAGUGCAAGCAGUACAAGAUUUAAAACUUGUCCUGCAUUAUGUGUUUAUAUGAGAACAAAAAAAAAUACAAACACAAUUAAUUAGAAAAAGGAGCAAAAGUGUUAAACAUUGUCACGAGCCGCUUGCCUUUCGGAGGCGGUCUCUUCCCCUAAAAGCCCAUCAAUGAUGAUUCUCCAGACUGAAAUAAAUUAUGGCUUUUAUCGGACUAACAAGCAGAAAAUCCAGAAUCGACAGAGAUUACUCCUGGGAUUUGGUUUUGGAUUGCUCAGCCAAGAAAAGAGAGUUUCUCUUUUUGACUUCAUGACUGACUGGCUCACCAUUGUUGAAACAUGCAUUGUAUGAGACAAACAGUAACAUAAGGCCUUAUUUAUCAAUCUAAUAUGUGAAGUUUUGUGUAAAACAGUAGAUAUAUUGUCAGUAAUGUUAUGUGCAUCACCUUUCAGAUUGUUUGGUGUUUUAUAAAGUGUUCUCCAAAGUGUUGAGUGGUGCCCAUGAAUGGUGUGCCCUUUACUACUUUUAGUGUAUUUUUUUUUCUUGCCUUGAAUGUUUAGUGUGACGUUUAGCAGGAACAAGUGGGAAUGACUGGGAAUGUUUGGUUGAAGAUGGUUACUGUUGACAAGGUUUGGAAUGGUACUCACCCAACAGUGCAGAAAGUGAACGAAGAAGGUUAGAGAGGUUGAAUGAAGCAUGGGGAAGUAGUAAGAAGAAUUGCAAGAAUAAAUACAUUAUUUGAUAUGUUGCCACAACCAAGUGUGUAUCAUAAAUGUAGGUGCUUAUGAUUUAUUUUCAUUUUUUUGCAGCGAGCUUGCACCUGAUAUUAUUACAAAAAAACACUCUCUAGAUGUGACAAACAGCCGACAAAAUGACUCUGGCUUUCAUUUUUUUUUUUUUUUUAAAUGACAAAGACAGAAACUGCUCAGUGGGUUCAGAAUUUAAGAAAUGUGGCUCUUUUUUUCUCUCUCUACAAAAGGCUUAAUUAGGUUCACCAUAGACCUGUUUAGCCCCGUGAUAAUUAAUCAGCAUAAUUGUAGUUUAGCCAACAGCUGUGCCGUGAAGAUGGUCGCCUCCUGCUGUGUAACAUAUCUUUCAAUAUAACAGCACAUCUCCACCACUGUGUACAGAUAGCACUUUAUGAUGUAGGUUAGCAAACAUGUUUAGGCUAACGUUUAGUCUAAUCAUUCUAUCCAAACUGUGUCAGUUUGCUUCUUUUUAGGAUAUGUUCUCCUUUAAGUGCAUUACAAAGAGAAACUUGUUAAGAAAGCAUUGUAGUAGAUAUAUUAACAAUGGUUAGCCUUUUCUUGACAUAAAUCAUCAGUACAUUAUGAUGCUGUUCUGUGUGGACACUUCACUCACUGAGGGUACAGCCCCACGAGAGGUGGUGUUUCUCCCGCCUCAUUGUUUUCAGUGAAGAAGAGACACUUCUGUCUGUUGUUUCUCCAAAAUAUCUCUAUAUAGUGUAACAGUGCAUCUCAUUGUCAGCUGUGUUGCAAGCUACUCCUUCCCAAAACACAAAACAUUAUUUAUUCCUGAAAACCAGCGUAGACAAAUGUGGAUCAAGACAUUCAAGUCAUGUGAUAAUGUAUCAUCCCUAUGAGAGUACAUGCAUCUACGGUAGAGAGAGUAGGAUGUAACAUAGUAUAUUGUUGUUUUUGUCAUAGAGAUGAGAUAAUUGUGUGUUUUGGUGUCAUUUUGAUGUCACCAUUCUGCGUCAGGCACGCAUGAACUGGAAUAGUGUUCUGAAACAAGCUCGAAACAAGCCUUUUUUUAUACUAGUUUCAUGAAUGGGAUUGGUCUAGUGAAUGUUGAGGAGAGGCAAGAGUUUGCUGUCUACAUCUCACCCAUUUAAAUGUAUUAACAUGCAGGAACAGAUCUCUUUUUACAUGUCCUUCAAAUGUAAACUGAACACGUUUUCUAGAUUAAAGUCGAAAGUAUUUGUCUGCAGUUGGCCAGUGGCUUCAGGACCAAAGUUUGACUCAAAUCUCGCUUUGCAUUACUCCUGAUGACAGGCCAGUUUUAUGGCUUUAAGUUUCUUUAUUUCUGACUUGCAACUUUAAAAACUGUAAACUUUUAUUUGUCUCCUUAAGAUAUAUAUUUCCUCUUAAGGGACAAUGUCACAAUAUUAUUUCUUCUCUACUUACUUUAUUUAAAAAAACAAACAUGCUUGUCAUGUUUCAUUUCACUGUGUGUGCAUGAACAAGGGGCUGGUCUCUGAAGAUGACAGGAUGAGCUCAGUUUUAUGCUUCAGUUGUCGUAUUGUUUUGUUUGUUAAUUUUGUUAGAAACACAUUUAUAAGGUUACAUUUAUAUACUCUUUAGUUAAAUCAGAAACUGCUGUUUUUGUGAUGGAUUUUGUGUCACCUUGACUAAUGUGAUAUGUAGAAGUACGGUGUGUCCGUUUGAGUAGUUUGAGUCGUUUUGAAAGGGACUUUACUCCUGAAGGAAACCUGACUUUGGAGAAAAGAGCUAUCCGUGAUUUGCUUUUUUUCUACUUGUGAAAUAGAAGAACUCAGAUUUUAAAAAAAAUUCCCACAAAGAUAACACCGACUUAUCUUUCUUUACUUUCUGGUGUAGCUCCCAUGCCGCAUGUCAAAGAGGCAUAUCCUAUUUAUUUGGGUGUUGGUUCUUUUCAAAACUGUUCCCAUAACUUUCGAAUUGUAUUCAAAUAUGUUCUAACUGUAUUUAAUGACAGCAAUGUGAUUUUGGUCCAUAAACAUGCCGAUACAUUUAGUGUGAACAAGUGGUGAUGCCUUUCAAAGACAUUAUAAUAUUCCUUGGACACUCUAAAUAGCGUGUUAACAUGAAUUUAUUCCUGUUCACAGUUACUCUGGUGAUUCCGAAAGGUUUAGGUGUAAUAAUACACACCUGAAUGUAAAUACCAUGUGCUUGUUCAAAGCUUCAAAUCAGAACCUGAAGUCCUUUAUGACAAACAGCUGACAGCAGGCCAAAAUGGCACCAACCAGUUUAUACUGUCAAAAUCAAGAAAUCUUUCACAACAGGACCAAAACAAUUUCAGUAUUUUUUUACUAUGAAUAUAGUACUGAAUGUGAUUAUAAAGCAUGGCAGUAAAUGUCUUGCUUAGAUGCUGAAUGUUCUUUUAUUCACAUACUGGGGAGGUAAUUACUUUUUAGAAAUUACAGUUUCCUCAUGUGUGUUUUUUACAGUGUAACUAAAAAAUCUGUGAUCCAUUAUACAGUCACUUGUACUUUGGAGGGAAAGUUGAUAAAAAAGUUCUCAUAUUUCCUAACAAUGUCUCCGUUUCCUGCAAUAGAACAAUGUGUGGUUUCUUGAAACAUUAACAGCUGAAUGAUUACCAACGAAUUGAGUCUAAUUAAGUUAAUUUCACAAGUGUUCAAACAGUUGAUAUUUUCCUAAAAGGUCACUUUAUAUACCAGUAGAUAUUGUACAUGUGCCUUUAGGAGAGUUAUUAGUAAUACAACAGAUUCCUGUUUAUGCCCCACAUGAUGAGUAGUCCUCAUUAGAAAAUUUGAAGCCAUAAGACUUAAGUGUACUUUAAAUUCUCAUCAACAGUGACCAAGUUAAUGUGGUAUUGGUUGGUAAUGUGUUGUGUGCAAUUUAUGUCGUAUGUCUUACAUGUUUGAAGUAUACAUUGCAUUUAUGUUUUACAACGUAGAUGCAGGCAAAUUUUCUCUGAAACUGCUAUGCAGCUAAUAUACUGUAAAUGUAGAUUUGUUAGUUUUUCAAUAUAUAUAUUUUUCUAAAUAGCCUCUCUAAGGUAGAAAACCAAAGUAGAUGUUCUUUUUGUUAUUUAUGUCGAUGCUUGUUGAAAUAUUUCCUGAUGCCUUAGUUCUGCCUUUAAACGUUUUCUAAAUCCAAAACUGGAUCUUAUCACCUGUAUUAAACAUGAUUUUUUUGUUGUUGUUGAGAAAAGGGGGCAGUCAGUCUUCUUAUUCCCUCCUCUGUGUAUCCAAACUUACUGUUUACUGUCUGUCAAAGUGGUUCCUUAUCUUCCUGACUUCUCUCGAGGUCUCUAAAGCUACCAGGACUUCCUUUUUUUAUUCAGACCAAUAAAUACAUUAAGCAUCCUUGAUUUGUUUAGUCUUGUCAUUUUGAAACAAUGAGAACUGCAAAUUCUGCAAAAUACAAGUAAUCUUUUAUAAAAAAAAAAACAUGUGCUUCAAGAUUGAACCAUUCAUCGGUAAACAGACUAUUUUGCUCUUGAAAAUAGCAAGAGGAAAAUCUGUCCUCUUUUUAGAACAACUGUCUAUUACCCUGGGGGAAAAUCUUUCUAUAUAUUUGGCUUUUGUUGGGAUGUUUUUAUUUUCUUGCAAUUAUAUUUCUUUAAACUUGCUGCUAUCUGUAUUAAAUGAAAUACCUUUAA